CACUCGGACUCUGUGUUUGACGUGGGAUCUUAACCAUGAGCUCAGUCGCUGUACUUACGCAGGAAAGUUUCAUUGAGCACCGCAGUGGGCUUCUGCCUGAACAAAGUGGUGCUGCUGGAGGCCCCAGUGCUGGAGAAGAUGAGGAGGAACUUCCUACCUACAAGGAUGCCUUCCCACCUCUCCCUGAGAAAGCGGCCACACCUGAGGGGACGCAGGAAACUGCCAAUGCCUGGACAUCAAAGAUUCGGCCUCUCAAGUCCUCCAUUAUCACCCAGGUUUUCCAUGUGCCGCUGGAGGAGCGCAAGUACAAGGACAUUAACCAGUUUGGGGAAGGGGAACAAGCGAAGGUCUGUGUGGACAUCAUGCAUAAGACUGGAGCCCACCUGGAACUCUCCUUGGCUAAAGACCAGGGUCUCUCCAUCAUGGUGUCUGGGAAGCUGGAUGCUGUGAUGAAGGCCCGCAAGGAGAUCGUGUCCCGACUGCAGACUCAAGCUUCAGCGACUGUCGCUAUCCCAAAGGAACACCAUCGCUUUGUCAUCGGCAAGAACGGGGAGAAGCUUCAGGAGCUAGAGCUCAAGACUGCCACCAAGAUCCAGAUCCCACGACCCGACGACCCCAGCAACCAGAUCAAGAUCUCUGGUACCAAGGAGGGUCUGGAAAAGGCAAAGCAUGAGAUCCUGUUGAUCUCUGCAGAGCAGGAUAAGCGUGCUGUGGAGAGGGUGAACAUUGAUAAGGUGUACCAUCCCUUUAUCACCGGUGCCUACAAUAAGAUAGUUGGAGAGAUGAUGCAGGAAACUGGUGCUCGCAUUAAUGUCCCCCCUCCAAGCGUGAAUAAGAAUGAGAUCGUCAUCACUGGGGAAAAGGAGCAGGUGGCCCUUGCUGUGGCUUUGAUCAAGAAGAUCCAUGAGGAGAAGAAGAAGAGUACGACCACGAUUGCGGUGGAGGUGAAGAAGUCUCAGCACAAAUAUGUCGUCGGCCCCAAGGGAAACACCCUGCAGGAGAUCCUGGAUAGAACUGGCGUCUCUGUUGAGAUCCCACCUUCAGACAAUAGCUCAGAAACAGUCAUCCUUCGUGGGGAGCCUGACCGCCUGGGGCAGGCCCUCACUGAAGUGUACGCCAAGGCAAACAGCUAUACUGUUUCCUCGGUGUCGGCUCCUUCUUGGCUUCAUCGUUUCAUCAUUGGCAAAAAGGGACAGAACUUGGCUAAGAUCACCCAACAGAUGCCCAAGGUGCACAUUGAGUUCACCGAGGGAGAAGAUAAAAUCACUUUGGAAGGACCAACCAAAGAAGUGCAGAUGGUGCAGAGUCAGAUUCAAGCCAUUGUUACGGAUUUGGUAAGUCGAAUGGACUAUGCAGAGAUCACUGUGGAUCCCAAAUUCCAUCGUCACCUGAUUGGAAAAGGAGGCGUUAACAUCAACCGCAUCAAAGAGUUGCACAAGGUGACAGUCCGCAUCCCCCCUGACAACGAGAAGAGCAACCUGAUCCGCAUAGAGGGGGAUCCCCAGGGUGUGCAGGAAGCCAAGAAGGAGCUGCUGGAGCUAGCGUCACGCAUGGAGAACGAGCGUACAAAGGACUUGAUCAUCGAACAUCGUUUACACAGAGCCAUCAUCGGGCAAAAAGGGGAGAAGAUAAAGGAAGUGCGGGACAAAUUUCCAGAGGUCAUCAUCAAUUUCCCCGACCCAGCACAGAAGAGCGACAUUGUUCAACUUAGAGGGCCUCGGAACGAGGUGGAAAAAUGCUCCAAGUUUAUGCAGAAGAUGGUGGCUGAAAUGGUGGAGAACAGCCAGACUCUGUCCGUCCCCAUCUUCAAGCAGUUUCAUAGGAACAUAAUUGGAAAAGGAGGAGCAAACAUCAAGAAGAUCCGAGAGGAAACCAACACCAAAAUCGACCUCCCUGCUGAAAACAGCAACUCUGAAAUGAUCGUCAUUACGGGGAAGAAGGCAAACUGUGAAGCUGCAAGGAACCGCAUUUUGGCAAUUCAGAAAGAACUGGCCAACAUCACAGAAAUGGACGUGUCCAUCCCCUCCAAGUUGCACAACUCGCUGAUUGGUUCAAAGGGCCGCCUGGUGCGAUCCAUCAUGGAGGAGUGUGGCGGUGUGCACAUCCACUUCCCCACCGAGGGCUCGGGGAUUGAUAAAGUCACCAUCAGAGGCCCAGUGGAGGAGGUGGAGAAAGCAAAGCAGCAACUGCUUGCUCUAGCAGAGGAAAAGCAAAUAAAGAGUUUCACUGCUGAGCUGCAUGCAAAGCCAGAAUACCACAAGUUUCUCAUCGGGAAAGGCGGCGGAAACAUCCGGAAGGUCCGUGACAGCACCGGUGCCAGAAUCAUUUUCCCCACCUCUGAGGACAAAGACCAAGAGCUCAUCACUGUGGUUGGGACUGAGGAGGCGGUUCGGACAGCCCAGAAGGAGCUGGAGGAGCUCAUCAAGAGUUUGGACAACAUUGUGGAGGACACGAUGAUCGUCGACCCUAAGUACCAUCGCUACUUUGUGGCCCGCCGGGGUCAGGUCCUCAGGGACCUUGCUGAUGAGUAUGGUGGCGUCAUGGUGAGCUUUCCUCGUACCGCCUCCCAGAGCGACAAGGUCACCCUCAAAGGAGCCAAAGAAUGUGUGGAGGCAGCCAAGAAGCGCCUGCAGGAGAUUGUUGAAGACCUGGAGGCUCAGGUGACCGUCGAGUGUGUGAUUUCUCAAAAGUUCCACCGUUCCAUCAUGGGUCCCAAGGGCUCACGGAUUCAGCAGAUCACCAGAGAUCACAACGUGCAGAUUAAGUUUCCAGAGCGUGAGGACCCACAAGCACCUCCUGCAGAAGCUCCUGUUCAGGAGAACGGAGAGGCCAAUGGUGAAGUGAAAGAACCCGUCGACCCAAACGCUCCCAAAAAGUGUGACGUGAUUUUGAUUUCUGGUCGCAAAGAGCGCUGUGAGGCUGCUGUGGAAGCGCUGAAGGUCCUGGUUCCUGUCACAAUUGAGGUGGAAGUGCCUUUUGAGCUUCAUCGAUACAUUAUUGGACAAAAAGGAAGUGGAAUUCGUAAGAUGAUGGAUGAAUUUGAGGUAAACAUACAAGUGCCUCCUCCUGACCAGCAGUCUGAUAAAAUCGCCAUCACCGGCUUGGCCUCUCACCUUGACCGUGCCAAAGAAGGCCUCUUCGACCGCGUCAAGGAGCUGCAGGCUGAGCAGGCAGAUCGGGCACUCAAGAGCUUCAAACUGACCAUCACUGUGGACCCAAAGUAUCACCCAAAAAUCAUCGGCCGCAAGGGUGCCAUCAUCACAAACAUCCGCACAGAGCAUGAUGUGAACAUCCAGUUCMYARAGAAGUCUUCUUCUUCAAAGGAUCAGAUCACGAUUACAGGGUACGAGCAGAAUGCCAUAGCUGCACGGGAGGCUAUCCAGGCUAUCGUGGACGAGCUGGAGGAGAUGAUCUCCGAGAACAUCACCCUGGACAGCAGGGUUCAUGCCCGCAUCAUUGGUGCUCGGGGCAAGGGCAUCCGCAAGAUCAUGGAUGAGUUUAAGAUUGAUCUCAGGUUUCCACAGAGUGGCGCUGCAGACCCAAACCUUGUCACAGUCGUAGGUCGUCCUGAACAUGUGGAUGAAGCCAUCGAUCAUCUCCUGAACCUGGAAGAGGAAUAUUUGUCGGAUGUUGUGGAAAAUGAGGCGAAGAUGGCAUACAUGAGGCCACCUGGUGGCAGCGUUGCUGCUGCAGACGAGCAGCGUGGCCAUUCCAAAGGUUUCGUGGUUAGAGAGGCUCCCUGGGCCACCGGCAACGAGAAGGCUCCUGACAUGAGCAGCUCAGAAGACUUCCCAAGCUUUGGCGCUCCGGUCCAAGCGAAGGCGUCACCCUGGGGACCCAAACGCUUUUAAGCUAUUGGCUUAAAAGUAACUAGUCAAAUCUUCCCCUCCACCAACUCCAUCUGCAUCCCUCCCUAUCCCCCUAAAAAACCUCUGGACCUGGACUGACCGCUGACCCUCAAAGUCUUUAGUUCUCAGAAUAUCAUCCUGCAUCUCGGUCACCAGUCCACAACAAGAGCUUUCAGAUACUGUAAUCAAUCGUGAGCUUUGUGUCUGCGUUCACUCGUACCGUCUCGAGCCUAAAUGUUCCGGCCACGUCGCCGUCACGUCUACACCGAUGUUUUAAAUGUUUUAGACCAGACGCCUCAUUGUGGUUUGAACUCUUCUACCAAAUCGUGAUGACGAAGACAUCACUACUUUUUACGUGAGCUGCCCUGAUCUUAGUUGCCUUUUGCAGGAGCCCAGGGGGGUGGGGAGGUACUGAUUUUAGUGUUCAAACUUAAACAUCAGUCGUAGAAGGUUCCCACGCCCCUUCCUGCUUCAUCCAUGUAGCCCAGUGAAAAUGACGUAGUCAUCCGUUUCCAAGCACACUAUAGUGAUCGUCCAAUCAUGUCCUUCCAUGUCCUUCCAUGUGCUCGUACCUGUGCUGCUGUGCGAAUGAUCAAACUUCGGCUCCCACCUUGUAGCCUUAUGAAUUGGUGAGCUGUGAUGGAAGGUGUUGGGGAGGGAAAGAGAGGGGAGGGUGUUGGCUGGCUUUCAGCCACCACGGAAUGGCACCAACUCAAACUGCCAGAUGCUUGGAGAUCAUGCCACACCUAAACUUUGUACAACACUAGGCUAGAGCUCCACAGCAUCCAAACCUCACACUAACUGUUUUAAAUAGAUUCGUUACAUUAUAAAGUAGAUCACUCUACGGAAGUCGACCAUCUUGUGCCAACUUUAACGACAUCCUGCUUUCUUCGCCCUCUGCAAUGGGUCAGUGUCCAGUCCCUUUGUCUUCCAGUUGCUAUGCAGAUCCCCUCUGUUAUAUGGCAAUGGCCCCUCUCUUUUUUUUAUUUUUUAUUUUUAUUUCCAGCCUUACAACUAGAAAGAUACAAACCAGGUAGAGAUGAGUUGCUUUCAGUAGACAACUGCAAGCUGUUUCCUCAUUCUUUCAAAAACAUUUUCUUCCCAGUUGUGUGUUUACUUGGCUUGUAAGUUUAGCCUUCUAGCUGCUAAGUAAAUGUCUAGCAUCUACCUACCUUGGUUUAUAUCCUCCUAGUAUUGAACGAAAGAUUAUGCAAAUACCAUGAAGUGAACGGUUAUGGGCGACACUGGAAAAAAUUGUCCAAAAGCCAAUAAAAAAAAUUGAAAAUA